CCCCACCUCCCUCAAAUCUAAACAUCCACCGCACGAUCAGAUCUACACCAUAUUCCCAACCUCUCCGUUUCUUCACACAUACCCCAUCACAUCUUCACAAGUGUGUAGUGUUCACUCCCUCCCAGAUCUAUUCUCUCUCUCUCUCAACCUACACACACACAGCGAUAUAGAGAGAGAAAGUGAAGCAUUUUCACAUUUGUUCCCAUUUUGCCCAUGGUGGAGGCGCAGUCAUGGACCACACGGCGGGGCAGCAACCCGCGGCUGGAGACGACGGAGCAAGUGCUCGACAUUCCCGCCACGCCGCCGGGAGACGUACGGAACGGCGGAGCCGGCGGCCGAUCGAUACUCUCACCGACAGUAGUGACGGCGGCGAGCAUCGCCUCGUGGUACUUCUCUAACAUCGGAGUUCUACUCCUCAACAAGUACCUCCUCAGCAUCUAUGGUUACCGGUACCCUAUCUUCCUCACAAUGCUCCACAUGCUCUCCUCUGCCGCCUACAGCUUCGCCGCCGUCCGAUGGCUCCAGAUCGUUCCAUUCCAGCACAUCCUCUCCCGCCGCCAGUUCUUCAAGAUCGCCGCCCUCAGCGUCAUCUUCUGCUUCUCCGUCGUCUGCGGCAACACCUCCCUCAGGUACCUUCCUGUUUCGUUCAAUCAAGCAAUCGGAGCUACCACUCCCUUCUUCACUGCGAUCUUCGCUUUCUUGAUCACCUGCAAGAAAGAAUCGGCGGAGGUGUACCUCUCACUGUUACCAGUCGUGUUCGGUAUAGUUUUGGCUAGUAAUAGCGAGCCUUUGUUUCACUUUUUUGGAUUCCUGGUCUGUAUUGGCUCAACGGCUGGUCGAGCAUUGAAAUCGGUGGUACAGGGUCUACUCCUGAGCUCUGAAGCAGAGAAAUUGAACUCUAUGAAUCUUCUACUCUAUAUGGCUCCAAUGGCGGCAUUGGUUCUGCUUCCGUUUACUUUGUAUAUAGAAGGAAAUGUGCUUGCAAUUACGAUUGAGAAGGCAAAGGGUGACUCGUUUAUUGUGUUCUUGUUGUUUGCCAAUGCGACUGUGGCGUAUUUGGUGAACUUGACCAAUUUUUUGGUCACCAAGCAUACCAGCGCUCUGACAUUGCAGGUUUUGGGGAAUGCAAAAGCGGCAGUGGCAGCAGUGGUUUCCGUUAUGAUAUUUAGGAAUCCGGUGACUGUGAUGGGGAUAUCCGGGUUUGGGGUGACGGUCAUGGGUGUUGUGCUUUACAGCGAGGCGAAGAAGAGAUCAAAAGCUACAGCUCACUGAAAGCAAUAAUUGAGUUGGCUCAAAGUGGCCGGAGAUAAAUACACGGUGCGCCUUAUUUUCCUUUAAUAUGAUGCUCUAUUUUUUGUUAUCUUACUCUGAUUAAAGGUUCUCAAUGGUGGGGAAAAAAGAGAAUUGGAAUAGAAGGUAAAGUGAAUUGAUGAUUCAAUUGUAUAGGAUGAUGAACUAUGGAAAAAGGGUCAAUUUUUGCUCUUUUUCCAUUUGAUUCUUGUUCGUUGAAGUGGUUUAGAGAAUAAAUUCUCUCUCUCACUUUCACUUUCCCCUGCAAUUGAAACGCAUAGAAAGACUGGUUCUUUAUAUACUAUUCUUCUUGUAAUAUGUGGGGGGUAAAUCACCCCACUUCAUUUUGUCAACAAUAAGCCCUGUUACUUUGCUGUUCAUUAUGCAAUUCCAUUCUUUUUUACUGUACUUUGUGUAUAUGUAUAUUGGCAUUCUUUUAUAUUCAUAUUGAAGAUUUUAGCCGCCUUUAUUAUU